AUGUCCAUUCCAAAAACUCAAAAAGCCGUUAUCUUCGAAACCUCUGGUGGUGAAUUAAAAUACACUGAUAUUCCAGUUCCAAAGCCAAAGUCGAAUGAAAUUUUAAUCAAUGUUAAGUACUCCGGUGUCUGUCACACUGAUCUUCAUGCAUGGAAAGGAGACUGGCCUUUACCAACUAAAUUGCCAUUGGUAGGUGGUCACGAAGGUGCAGGUGAAGUUGUUGCUAUUGGAGAAAAUGUCCAAGGAUGGGAAAUUGGUGAUUUGGCUGGUAUCAAGUGGAUCAAUGGUACCUGUUUGAAUUGUGAAUUCUGUCAAAAAUCCUUUGAAUCCAACUGUGCCAAAGCUGACUUGUCUGGUUACACUCAUGAUGGUUCUUUCCAACAGUACGCCACUGCCGAUGCUGUUCAAGCUGCUAGAAUUCCAAAGGGAACCGAUUUAGCCAAUGUUUCUCCAAUUUUAUGUGCUGGUAUCACAGUUUACAAGGCUUUAAAGACCUCCGGUGCAAAGCCAGGUCAAUGGGUUGCAGUUUCUGGUGCAGCUGGUGGUUUAGGUUCUUUAGCUAUUCAAUACGCUAAGGCUAUGGGUUUAAGAGUUUUAGCAAUUGAUGGUGGUGAUAAGGAAGAGUUCGUCAAGUCUUUAGGUGCUGAAUCCUAUAUUGAUUUUACCAAGAGUAAGGAUGUUGUCAAGGAUGUUCAGGAAACUACUGAUGGAGGUCCUCACGGUGUUAUCAAUGUUUCUGUUUCAAUUAAAGCUAUUAACCAAUCUACCGAAUAUGUUAGAUCUUGUGGUACUGUUGUCUUAGUUGGUUUACCACAUGCUAACCUUGAAACCAGUAUUUUCAAUGCUGUUGUUAAAUGUGUUUCUAUCAAAGGUUCUUAUGUCGGUAACAGAGCAGAUUCUGCUGAAGCAAUUGAAUUCUUCUCCAGAGGACUUAUCAAAUGUCCAAUUAAGAUUGUUGGUUUAUCCGAAUUAGCCAACAUCUAUAAAUUAAUGGAAGAAGGAAAGAUUACAGGUAGAUACGUUGUUGAUACUUCUAAAUAA